UUUUUAUUUUCAUCUUCCAUUAUCGUUGAUCAGUGGUGUGCGGCUAUGCACUUCACACGCUAAAUGUGUUUCAUAAGUGUGUGAGGCAUUUUUAGGGAUUAAACCUGCAUUGUGUCUCAAGCGAACAAUAGCAAUUGAAGAGAGAAGGAGCGGUUUCUGGAGGUAAAUUGAAUCUAAUGAGUACAACGGUCACUUGUGUUGCAAACGUGUUGAUCCAAAAUCGGAGGACGUCAAUGUCAAGGUAGCAGAAGGGUUUGGAGGACGUAUCAAUCACCAUUCCUUGCUGGUCCCGGAUUGCAACCCCCACCAAAAGCAAGGAUCUACUGUUUAUAAAUAAAACCAUAUACAAUGUAACAAUAUUAACAAGAUACAGUUGGACGGCGGUUUUUGUUAUUAAUCCCUUCCAAAGGGGCCGUCAAUACAUUGUUUCAUAAGACAUAAUGUUAAUCCGCUCCAGACGCCCAAAGAAUUCAAACAAAACGCAUUUUAUAGAGAACACUUCUAGUUUUGCAUCCAGAAAACUUUAACCAAACUCGAGGAAGACUACUGUACUGCAAAUGAGCUGACAUCUGCACGAACACACAACGUGAACACAACGUGAACGUCAGAGUAUUUGUGUGGCUACAAUUUAAGGUAAGUUUAAAGCAUUUAUAGUGACAGAUGCAGAUGAUAAGGCAAUAUAUGUUCAAGUGCAAACUGGUUAGAAAAGAACUCGGGGCAACAUCGGCGUAACACAUCCUGUCAGGCCUUCAUAAUAAUAGCACGACAGUAAAAUAACAUGGUUGCACCACAGUAGGCAGUCGGGCGUGUCCACCAGCAAACGUUAAGACUAGAAUUUCAUUUACGUUCCUUCACUUGCCCUUGUUUUACGGAUAAAUUCCCAUUAUUUUGACAUGCAAAUGUUGGCAAAUACGCAUUACCCUCUCUUCCUAAUGUUUGUCUCCUGUGUUUGAUCACCUCUUUUCCUACAGUACAAGCAGGAGCGUAUUUAGUCAUGUGGGGGGCCCAAGGCAAACCCAGCCACUGGGGCCGUCCACAUCCUUGUACUGCACUGACAAAAGUUUUUGUUUUUUUUUAUUUCAAUUUCUAUUUUUAACAGUAUGUGAGUAUGUAAUUUAGGACAUUUUUUUCCUGCUUUUGAAACGUGUUACAGUAAUCUGUCAUCUUAGGUUGCAAGUUUAUUUACACCUAUUUACAUCUACUAACAAGUUCUUCUAUUCCUGGGCUCGAUAAAAUCCUUCAAAUCCUCCCGGGGGAUUAUUAUGACCUAACAAGUGAAUCAUCUCAACACGCAACAAAUUGUUAUUGAAAAGAACAUGAAGCAACAUUUCAUAUAGUUCACUGCUACGGCGGAGUGUUAGGACCACAUUAAAAAAAUAUAACAAUGACCUGAGAUUUCGGGAGUAAAGUCAUACAUUUACGAGAAAAAAACGUCGUAAAUUUGCAAGAAAAAGAGGCGGAAUACACUAGGUCCCCAAUUUACGAACACCCGACUAGCGAACACUCGCCGAUACGAACACAAGCCGACGGGUUUAUAUUUUAUUUUAUUUUGCCUUGUAAUGCUUAGGAACCAGUAUUUAUACUGCUACUGUACAUGCUUGACCAGUAGAGGGCACUGUGACACUGCUAAUGGGACCAAGAGGCAGCCUUAGAGCUACUGAGACCAACAGACGCUGGGCAGAGAAAGCUUCCAGUAAAGCUACGAAAGCUAAGUUUUAGCUGGAUGAUACAACCCGGACAGAGCGUGUGAUUAAGGGUUAUGAAGAGUUAAUAGGCCUGCUUAAUUCUACACCACCCACAGAACACUACCUCUUUUAGAAGAGUCUAACGACCACAACCAUUUGUCCUUUUUUUCAAUAUCUCCUCCUCCUCCACCACAACGACGUAUGCUCAACCACUCCUCUUCAAAGGUAAAUAACAUUUAUCAUUACGUAUUAUAUAUAUCGCUGAUGAAGCUCUUCGGAUGAGAAGCGAAACGUCCGACACCUUCUUCACAGAAGUACAGAUGACGUCUCAAGAAGGCUUUCCCUCACCUUUAUUAUUGUUUUCUUAAUUAAUUAUCCUCGUUUAAUAUUACUACUACAUCCAAACUCAUAUUUACAUACAUACACAUAUACUAUAUAUGUAUACACGUACAUGUAGUACCUAUAUCAUUGGUAAUAUUACCUUUUCCCUACUUAAGAACAAUUCGACAUAAUAAGUUGUCUGGAACCAAUUGUGUUCGUUAGUUGGGGACCUAGUGUAUUACCAGAAUAAAGUCUGUUUUCCGGAAUCAAUCUGCACAUAUGCAGUGACAAGGAAUAGUCCAUUGCACGAGAAGGGAAGGGGGAGCAGUCAAAAUUAUUAUGAUAGAUUACGGAUUAUGAUGUAGCUUUAAGCACCUAAAUUAAAACUAAAACAGUAAUAUGUACUUUAAAAUGGAGGGGAAAAUCAAUAAUCAGUUUUUAUGAGACGUUUGGGGGACCCUGGAAUUCUCGAGGUGUUUUUCAUAAUGGUAAGUUCGCCCCUGACUACAAGUACAGUAUGGAAAGACGUUUUUUGUCGUGGUAUCCUGUGUUUUCUUGUUUGUUAUUCAUAAUAACCCCCAAAAAACCCUCUUAUGUCGAGUCUCCAGCUUUGGCUUGGUGGUGAAAGAGUUUGUGGGAUCCACAAGAUGGCGGUGUUGCUCCUUGUGAUGCACGCACGUUUCCAACCAUGUUACAUUUUGCUACGAUUGCCAGUCUUGACUGUUUGUGUCUGUCAUAAACACAAAUUGUGUUAUGCUUCAAAUGUUUGUAUUUCAACUGUGAAAAAGUCAAUAUGUUUUUUUUAAAUAUGCAUUUAAAUGUGAAUUUGAAGGUUGUCGGCCCACCUUCUUUCAAAUGUGUUUUUGUCCCUUUAAGGGAUCCGUCCAGAAGCCUGCGUGGUGAUGCUGCAUUUAUUCCUCCUUGACAGAAAGUGGUGGAAGGUGGAAUCUUCCACUCCAACGUCUACGGGUGCACUUCGCACAGCAGCAAUGUUUUCCAUCAUGAACACAGAAAAGAAUCCUGGAUGUGAGAGAAAUGGGAUGAGUGCAGAUGCCAAGCCGCUGGAGGAGAAAGACAACAGCAGCUCCUUUGCGGAGAACGUCCUGCAGUGCGUGAAAGGCGUGAUAAAGGUGGAGUCUGAAGAGACUGAAAACGACACGUAUCCCGAGGCUGAGAAGGAGAGAGCAAUUUUUCCAAAAGAGGAGCGAGAUGGGGCCGUUGAGGAAGGAAUGGAAGAAGGGUACGACGGAGACAGGACAGAGGAUGAUGAUGAAAAUGACGAAGAGAAGGAUUACAUGAAUGAACCGGAGGACCUGUCGCUGGUCGACUAUUCAGGCUACAACAGCGCAGCCGUGCAGGACGCCUCGGCGAUGAGUCCCCAUUUGCAGUCACCAGGGAAGCUCAGCUGCGACAUCUGCGGCCUGUCGUGCGUCAGCAUCAACGUGCUGCUGGUGCACAAGCGCAGCCACACGGGUGAGAGACCGUUCCACUGCACUCAGUGUGGAGCUUCCUUUACCCAGAAGGGAAACCUGCUUCGCCACAUCAAACUACACUCCGGGGAGAAGCCUUUCAAAUGUCCCAUGUGCAGCUACGCUUGCCGCAGACGUGACGCCUUGAGCGGCCACCUGCGCACCCACUCUGUCGAGAAGCCCUUCAAGUGCAACCUCUGCAGUCGCAGUUACAAGCAGCGUAGCUCCCUGGAGGAGCACAGGGAGAGAUGCCACGUGUACGUUCACAGCAGCGCUGCUCCUGACAACGACGACAGUCAACCACCAAAUACUCAGAUGGGCAGCAAGCGCGCGUUGCUGCUUGACAGGAUCGCCAGCAACGUCGCCAAACGCAAGAGUUCAAUGCCUCAGAAGUUCACGGGUGAUAACGGUGUCUGUCUGGACUUGAGCUUUAACAAGGAACACGCUGAGGACCUUCCGUUUAGCUCGCCAGCACCUGAAGCCCACCGCCAGCAGCCAUCAAUGCACUCGGGCCCAGACGGUGGUCCAGGUCACCCCCAAAGGCCGUACCCCGCCCUGUUAAGCCGCAACGACAUCAGUCCGAUGAGCCUCACCAAUGGCCACAGGAUGAUCAUGCAGCUGCCAGGCCUCCCUCACACCCCCCAACCACCUCUUGGCAUGGAUGCCUUCCACCCUGACGGGCCCCAGAUCUCCCAACCCAUCACGUACAGCUUAGGGCAUCUGCUGGGUGGGCUUAACCAUCACAACGGGGUCUCGCCCACCCAGCCCAUUUUCUUCUCCUGCCAGGAAGCUUUGCAGGAAUUACGGUCCGACGGAAAAGGCGGAGCCUCACCCGGGGCGGUGUACCCUUGCAGCCACUGCAAGGUGAUCUUUCUUGACUAUGUCAUGUUCACCAUCCACAUGGGGUGCCACGGCUUCCGAGACCCGCUUGAGUGCAACGUGUGCGGCCAUCGCAGUCGGGACCGAUAUGAGUUCUCGUCACACAUAGUCCGUGGGGAGCACCGGCUGGACGUGAAGUAGCGACCGUGCACACACACACACUGGUACAGUCAUGUCAAGUAAAUAAGACAUCCCACGUGUACACGGUGGAGCCCGUUUAUGUCCAUCAACUCACCUGAUUUCAGUUUUUCAUGUAUUUAUUUUACAAACAUAUUCAAUGUUUAUCAUUCAUUAAUAAUAAUCAUGGAAACAGUUAAUUAUUACAUUAGAUUCAGCUCCAGAACCCUCCCCUUCUCUCUUCAAAAAGAGAAUUUACAACUUUAUUCUCGGAAAUUUACUACUUUUUUUUUCUCGUAAAUUUACGACUUUAUUCUCGUAAUUUACGACUAUUCUCGAAAGCUCAUUGUUUUUGUGUUUUUUUUCAGUGUAGCCUUAGUACUCUGUCGCACUUCCAAGACAUCACACUAAUGCUCAGGAAUUAUUUGUCCACACUGAAAUGUAGUUUGGAAAUACAGUAUCUCUAGAUCUACACCUACCUUGAUUGAUUUUAGUGUUACUAGGUAACAAAAGGUGAAGAAUAUUCAUUUUUCCCCCUGCUUGAGAAUCAAAUGCAAAUGUUUUUCUGCUAUGUUUCUUUUUUUGUUUGUAUGUGAAACUAAAAAUGACU